AUGACUUCGCAAUCAGACAGGAAAAAUAGCUAUGCUCGGGGCAACACCAGGAGAGCAACGAGGUUGACCAGGAUAGUAGUGUUGACUUCAAUCAUAAGCAGUUCUCAUGCCUUUCAAAGGAGCUUCAACACGAGGUUGUCGGUUGGCCUAGAUCCAGUCGCUAUCCGAAUUCCCCAAAACCCAUUCUACGAAGGACGACGGAGGGAUUCUUGUCCUACUUCUUUGAGAACUGCCGCUCUAUUCUCAGGUGAUGGCACCUCUCCUGAGCUCGGUGACGACGCACACCCGCCGAUGCAAGAAAUUGUGCAAGAAAUUGUCCAACCACAUGCCUGUACAAGCCAAGAAGACACCAACAGCAUAUCAGUGAAGGACAAGAUAUUGUUGGCCAUCUCAGGUGGUCUUGGAAUUGCAGCAUUACUUAGUCUCGUAAGCAUGGCAUCGGCUGGGUGCUGGAGGUAUUUCUUGGCAGGUGGCGUUUGCGCCGCUGUGUCACAUGCCAUUCCGACACCGAUUGACGUUGUUAAGACUCGGAAACAAAUUGAUCCCGACCUAGUAGGUGUUGACGUUUUGGAGGCGACUCGGAGACUCGUCAAGAAAGAAGGCAUGGGUGUUCUUUGGUCUGGGCUAGGACCGACCUUCUUUGGAUACCUAAUCGAGGGGGCAGUAAAGUUUGGGGUGUACGAAGUGCUGAAGCCAAUCAUCAAGUCCGUCCUCUCCAGACUGUCAACCACAACAUCUAUCGGUUUCUUCAACUCAUCGUUGUUGGCAUUCAUGAUUUCAGGAGUAGCGUCAGGUUUCUCAGCUUCGAUCAUGCUAUGCCCAAUGGAGGCUCUUCGGAUUCGAAUGGUCGCUGAUCCCGAUUUUGCCCCCGAUGGCUUCCUAAAAGGAGGGCAGGAAAUUCUCAGACGAGAGGGGAUUGCAGGAUUGGCCAAAGGUCUGAAUCCUAUGAUUCUGAAGCAAGUUCCAUACACUGUUACAAAGAAUGUGUCUUUUGACAUCUUUACAACUUCCUUGUAUGCAAUGAUGAGAGCACAGAACGUGGCAAUGACUGCCGGAAUGAAGUUCACGGUCCCACUUGUUUCCGCCAUUGUCGCAAGCAUCAUGUCUUGCAUAACUAGUCAACCCGGCGACAUGGUAUUGAGUCUAAUUAACGCCAGCGAAGGAGAGGAACGACCCACUGACAUUUUCCGGCGUAUCCUUAAAAGUGACGAAGGUAUCGGUGGCUUUUUUGUUGGGUUCAAAACACGAAUGGUCCAUGUUGGUGUGAUUGUCACCCUUCAACUUCUGAUCUAUGAUUACGUCAAGCGACUAUGCGGUAUCGCAGCUACAGGAUCCUUCUAA